CCCGCGGCUCCUCUCCGCUCCGCUCGCCUCUUCCUCUCCCUUUCCUUCCUCCAGCAGUCUCCACGUCUGUUUGAAUGUGUGCAGCUCGGGAUGUGACAGCAUUCUGGCUGCUGCGCUUCCACAGGAAAAAAAUAGAAACAAACUAAGAAAAAAGAAAAGAAAAGAAAAAAAGCUUCCGACCGUCUCUUUUUUUCCCCUGCUGCUCUUACUGUCUUUUGCCGACAGUGAUAAAGAGAGCAGUAAAAAUCGGGGGUCCCUGCUUUAUUUCUUAUUUUUUGGAAUAAGAACAUAAGCGUUGCUGUUUUCUGACUUUGAGACAGAAGAGAGGAGAGACUCCUUAGGAAUUUCCCAAGGAAUUUAUCCGGACGGCUCCGUCACCGGAGCUUUAUGUCCUCCUGCCUGGGUGCAUAAUGUUACCAACUUUUCCACACUAGGGAAAUUCUGAGGAGUUCUGUUCUGUCUUCGCUCUUUGUCUGAGGCAGCAGUCACAACCGUUUGUUCCAAACAGGGUGGGGCCAAAGAGAGCUUUAGUUGCACCGGUGUGUCGGCGAGGUUGGCCUGCAGCAGCAGGGGCGGCAUGGUGGCACCUGCAUGAGCCUCGAUUCUCUUGUUCUCUUUCCUGAGAUGUCAACCACAGGAUGAGGCCUGAGGCCAGGUCUCAGGAGAGAGAAUGUUCCAUGACUUUCACACCUUCAACCUCAAGCUCAUGCUCUGCCGGGAAGUUUGCUUGAGUGGUGAAAGGCUGUGAAUACCCUGCAUCUGAGAAAUCAGACCAGACUGACUCACAGGGCUCUGUGAGCCAGUGCCACUGAGGCUGCCAAAGCAUGCUGGUGCCAAGCUGUCCCACCAUGCACAGAGCCAGACCCACGCUGCUGCUGCUGCCGCUGCUGCUGCUGAUCCAGGGUCUGCUCCUCCACCUCGCCGACGCUCAAACACCGCCAAAAUUUUUAAGAACCCCCAAUGACCAAACAGGCGUGCAGGGAGGUGUGGCGUCCUUCAUCUGCCAGGCCACCGGAGAUCCACAGCCGAAGAUUGUGUGGAACAAGAAGGGGAAGAGAGUGAGCAACCAGAGAUUUGAGGUGAUAGACUUCAGCGAUGGCUCUGGCUCCGUGCUAAGAAUUCAGCCGUUGCGCACGCCCCGAGACGAAGCCAUAUACGAAUGCGUCGCCUCCAACAGUGUUGGAGAGACGAGCGCCACGACCAGGCUGACUGUUUUACGUGAGGACCAGCUCCCCGCUGGCUUCCCCACCAUAGACAUGGGCCCACAGUUAAAGGUGGUGGAGCGAACGCGCACCGCCACCAUGCUCUGUGCCGCCAGCGGCAACCCCGACCCAGACAUCACCUGGUUCAAAGACUUCCUCCCUGUCAACACCACCAACAACAACGGGCGCAUUAAGCAGCUCAGAUCAGGUGGUACGCCAAUAAGAGGAGCCCUGCAGAUAGAGCACAGCGAGGAACCGGACCAGGGAAAGUACGAAUGUGUGGCAACGAACAACGAUGGGACUCGCUAUUCUGCCCCAGCUAAUCUUUACGUCAGAGAGCUACGAGAAGUACGGCGAGUCCCACCCCGAUUCUCCAUCCCACCGACAGACAAUGAGAUCAUGCCUGGUGGCAGCGUGAAUAUCACGUGUGUGGCUGUGGGCUCCCCCAUGCCGUACGUCAAGUGGAUGCUGGGCACUGAGGAUCUCACCCCGGAGGACGACAUGCCCAUUGGACGCAACGUCUUGGAGCUCACAGAUGUGCGACAGUCGGCCAACUACACUUGUGUGGCCAUGUCAACACUCGGGGUGAUAGAAGCUAUGGCCCAGAUAACAGUGAAAGCACUACCAAAGGCUCCUGGCACUCCAGUGGUGACUGAGCGCACGGCCACCAGCAUCACGCUGACUUGGGACUCUGGCAACCCCGAGCCAGUGUCCUACUACAUCAUCCAACACAAAUCCAAGUACUCUGAUGACCUGUACAAGGAGAUAGAUGGUGUUGCCACCACCCGGUACAGCGUGGGCGGCCUUAGCCCCUACUCCGACUACGAGUUCAGGGUGGUGGCUGUGAACAACAUUGGACGAGGGCCUCCCAGCGAGAGCAUCGAGGCCAAAACAGCAGAGCAGGCGCCGAGCACCGCGCCGAGGCAGGUUCGAGGUCACAUGAUGAGCGCGACUACGGCGGUCAUCCAAUGGGAUGAGCCAGAGGAGCCCAACGGGCAAAUCAUGGGCUACAGGGUGUACUACACCAUGGAUUACAGCCAGCACGUUAACCUCUGGGAGAAGCAGAUAGUUCGGGGGUCGAACUUCGUCACCAUCCAGGGCCUCAUUCCGAAUAAGACCUACUACAUCAAAGUGUUGGCCUUCACCUCUGUGGGCGACGGACCCCUUUCUCCUGAGCUGCAAAUUAUCGCCAAGACUGGAGUUCCCUCCCAGCCGACUGACUUUAAAGGAGAAGCCAAAUCAGAAACGAGCAUUUUGCUUUCAUGGAACGCUCCGGCCCAGACGGGACUGGAAAACCAAGUGACCGGAUACGAACUCACUUACAGAAAGAAGGACGACAAAGAUGAGAAACGAAUCAGCUUUGAACCAACAACCACAUACCUGCUGAAGGAGUUGAAGCCCUUCACCACAUACACUUUUCGUCUGGCCGCCCGUAGUAAACAUGGAAUUGGAGCUUACACCAGUGACAUCUCUGCAGAAACUCCACAGACACAACCCACCGGCCCACCUCAGGAUGUAAAGUGCCACAGCCCCAGCUCAACCAGUAUCCUGGUAAGUUGGCGUCCGCCAGCUGUGGAGCUACAAAACGGGAUCUUGACGCAGUACGCCAUUCACUACACCGCCACUGAAGGGGAGGACACAACCGGUCACCGAAUCUCUGGCAUCCCUCCGGAGAGCACCAAAUAUCUUUUGGAGAACCUGGAAAAAUGGACUGAGUACCGUGUGACGGUCACUGCCCACACAGAUGUCGGAGCAGGACCUGAGAGCCUGCCGCAGCUUAUUCGAACAGAGGAGGAUGUUCCUAGUGGGCCACCUCGUAAAGUCGAGGUGGAGGCUGUCAACUCUUCAUCAAUUAAAGUGAUUUGGCGCUCGCCGGUGCCCACCAAGCAGCACGGUCAGAUCCGAGGAUACCAGGUGCACUAUGUCAGGAUGGUUAAUGGGGAGCCCACAGGACAGCCAGUCAUCAAGGACAUCCUGAUUGAUGAUGCUCAGUGGGACUACGAUGAUACAACUGAACAUGAAAUGAUCAUCACUGAGCUGCAGGCCGAAACCACGUACUCAGUCACAGUGGCAGCCUACACAACAAAGGGAGACGGUGCACGCAGCAAACCCAAACUGAUCACCACCACUGGCGCAGUUCCCGAGAAACCUCGCCUCAUGGUCAGUACAACAAACAUGGGAACAGCUCUUCUCCAGUGGCACCCCCCAGCAAUAACCCACGGCCCCCUGCAGGGCUACCGCCUUCGCUUUGGCCGCAAAGACGUUGACCCACUGACUGUCAUUGAGUUUCCUGAGCGAGAGAACCACUACACCACCAAAGAGAUCCACAAGGGAGCCACAUACACCUUCCGCCUUUCAGCGCGCAACAAGGUGGGCUUUGGGGAGGAGACGGUCAAAGAGGUCAUCACAAACGAAGAAGUACCGAGCGGUUACCCGCAGAACAUUAAAGCAGAGGGAGCCAGCACCUCCACAGUUCAGGUCAGCUGGCAGUCUGUUCUCCUGGCAGAGCGAAAUGGCCAAAUAGUGAAAUAUGCUCUGCAGUACAAAGACAUCAACAGCCCUCGGAGUCCAUCAGAACUCUUCAUCACUGCCCCGGAAUCAACCGUCCUCCUGGAUGGGCUCAGGGCAGACACUACUUAUGAUAUUAAAAUGUGUGCCUUCACCAGCAAGGGCUCUGGUCCUUAUAGCCCAAGUGUCCAAUUCAGAACACAGCCUGUGGAUCAAGUGUUUGCAAAAAAUUUCCACGUGAGAGCUGCUAUGAAGUCGUCAGUGUUGCUGACGUGGGAAAUUCCAGACACCUACAACCCCGCACAACCUUUCACUAUCCUCUACGAUAAUGGGCAGAGCGUGGAGGUGGAUGGAAAGCUAACACAGAAGCUUAUCACGGGUCUUCAACCAGAGACACAGUACUCCUUCCUGUUGACCAACCGUGGGAACAGCGCUGGAGGUCUUCAGCAUCGCGUGUCCACUAUGACGGCUCCAGAUGUCCUUCGCACCAAGCCCUACAUGAUUGGCAAAACAAAUUCAGACGGGAUGGUGACCGUAGAGCUCCCAUCAGUCCAAACUUCUGAAAGAGUAAGGGGUUACUAUAUUGUGGUCGUACCUCUGAAGAAGCAACGCACUGGGAAGUUUUACAGUCCCUGGGACAGUCCAGAUGAGAUGAAUCUGGAAGAGCUACUGAAAGAGAUAAACCGAACGAGCAGAGGCCUUCGCUUCCAGAGGCACGUCGAGCCCAAAGCUUACAUUGCUGCAUACUUCAAAGAUCUGCCCAAAGAGUUCACCCUGGGAGAUGGCAAGAUCUACGACGACUUUGAAAACAAACAACUCCAGAACGGCCAGGAGUACAUCUUCUUCGUGCUCGCCGUGCUGGAGAUGUCUGACAAUAUCAUGUAUGCCACCAGCCCGUACUCAGACCCAGUUGUUUCAGCAGACCUCAAUCCCCAGCCAAUCAUGGACGAGGAGGAAGGUCUCAUCUGGGUGGUGGGACCCGUGCUGGCAGUUGUCUUCAUCAUAUGCAUCGUAAUCGCCAUCCUUCUUUAUAAAAGCAAACCAGACAGAAAAAGAGCAGAAAACGAAGCCAGAAAAGGCAGCCUUCCAAACAGCAAAGAAAUGCCUCUUCAUCAUCCCACAGAUCCAGUUGAGCUCCGGCGUCUUAACUUCCAGACACCUGGUAUGGCGAACCACCCUCCAAUCCCCAUCAUGGAAUUGGCUGAUCACGUAGAGCGCCUGAAAGCCAAUGACAACCUAAAGUUUUCGCAGGAAUAUGAAUCCAUUGACCCUGGUCAGCAGUUCACCUGGGAGCACUCCAACCUGGAGGUGAACAAACCAAAGAACAGAUACGCCAACGUAAUUGCCUAUGAUCACUCCAGAGUCCUACUCUCAGCUAUCGAUGGAAUCCCUGGAAGUGACUACAUCAACGCUAACUACAUAGACGGCUACAGGAAGCAAAAUGCCUACAUUGCCACCCAGGGAGCACUGCCGGAGACGUUUGGUGAAUUUUGGAGGAUGAUAUGGGAGCAGAGGAGUGCCAUCAUUGUCAUGAUGACCAAACUGGAAGAGAGGUCGAGGGUGAAAUGUGACCAGUACUGGCCCACAAGAGGGACAGAGACCUACGGUCUCAUCCAGAUAACGUUGCUGGACACAGUAGAGUUGGCCACAUACUGCGUCCGGACGUUUGCACUUUUUAAGAAUGGCUCCAGUGAGAAGAGGGAGGUGAGGCAGUUCCAGUUCACUGCCUGGCCAGACCACGGGGUACCGGAGCACCCCACGCCAUUCCUCGCCUUCCUCAGACGGGUGAAAGCUUGCAAUCCUCCAGAUGCGGGGCCCAUGGUGGUGCACUGCAGUGCCGGGGUGGGCCGCACCGGCUGCUUCAUUGUGAUUGAUGCCAUGCUGGAACGUAUCAAGCACGAGAAGACCGUGGACAUCUACGGACAUGUAACGCUGAUGCGCGCCCAGCGCAACUACAUGGUGCAAACAGAAGACCAGUACGUCUUCAUACACGACGCGCUCCAGGAGGCCGUCAACUGCGGCACAACCGAAGUGCCCGCCAGAAACCUGUACGCCUACAUCCAGAAACUGACCCAGAUAGAGGGUGGAGAGAAUGUCACUGGCAUGGAGCUGGAGUUCAAGCGUUUAGCCAACACUAAAGCUCACACGUCGCGAUUCAUCAGUGCCAAUCUCCCCUGCAACAAGUUUAAGAACCGCCUUGUCAACAUCAUGCCAUACGAGUCCACACGAGUGUGUCUUCAGCCAAUCCGAGGAGUGGAGGGCUCGGACUACAUCAAUGCAAGCUUCAUUGAUGGGUACAGGCAACAGAAAGCUUACAUUGCAACACAGGGACCGUUAGCGGAGACCACAGAAGAUUUCUGGAGAAUGCUCUGGGAGCACAACUCCACCAUUGUAGUCAUGCUCACCAAGCUCAGAGAAAUGGGCAGGGAAAAAUGUCACCAGUACUGGCCGGCAGAGAGGUCAGCCAGAUACCAGUACUUUGUGGUGGACCCCAUGGCCGAGUAUAACAUGCCCCAGUAUAUCCUGCGAGAGUUCAAAGUGACUGAUGCCAGGGAUGGACAGUCACGAACAGUAAGGCAGUUUCAGUUCACUGACUGGCCUGAACAAGGAGUGCCAAAAUCAGGAGAGGGUUUCAUCGAUUUCAUCGGCCAAGUACAUAAAACAAAAGAGCAGUUCGGCCAAGAUGGUCCCAUCUCAGUCCACUGUAGCGCUGGAGUUGGUAGAACCGGAGUUUUCAUAACCCUCAGCAUCGUCUUGGAGCGGAUGAGAUACGAGGGUGUGGUAGACAUCUUUCAAACAGUGAAAAUGCUACGGACACAAAGACCAGCGAUGGUACAGACAGAGGAUCAAUACCAAUUCUGCUACAGAGCCGGCUUGGAGUAUUUGGGAAGCUUUGAUCACUAUGCAACGUAAAACGUCCAGUAUUGGAAGAUAAAACUGGAGGGCCCUUUGGGAGAAAAAAGAAAUCCAAGCGAGCCUCUCUUCUGAGCCAUAAAUUCCUGCUUGAGAAAGUACUCCUUAACUCCUUGCUAACAAUUCAUUUAAGUGUUGGAUGUGCGACAUGACUCGUCAAAAAAUGAAAAAGAUGAUUUCCGGAGGACCAAGUAAUUUCCCCAACAAGCCCAAAUAAAAAGAACCUCAGCUUAAGACGAGGGUGAGGGUGGGAAUCCUGACUAUUGAAGCAUCAUAGGGAAUUACCUUUUCUUUUUUGCUUCAAGGAUCCAUUUUGGGGCUCAUAAAACUAAAUGAAACCAACGCAAGAAAAAAAGUUAAUGAACAAUAAUGACGUCGUCAGAAAUGCAUCAGUGAUUAUGACCCAUAACGAGAGACAACGAGAAGCACACCGAAAUACAGGGGGAAGCAACUCAAUGCACAUUGUACAAAAAGAAAAAGAAGAAAAAACAUCAAAUCUGUUUCACAAUCAAGUCCACACAUCACAUGGAGAAGACGAUGCUUGAUCCACAGGAGCAGACUUAAAGUAAUAAUGAAUAAAUACCCCUUUUAUCUGGUCGCAAUGUUGAUUCAUUUCAGUUUUGGGGGAGAGGUCAAAGUUAAAAUACAGAAGUAUUGAUUUAGUUUUUUAUUAUAAAGUUGAUGUGCUUUUUUUCAAAUGUCUUUUUCUUUUCUCUUACAGAGAAAAAGCGUUAAAACAUUUUUUUAAAGCUGUAGAACUGUUCUGAUGUACGUGCUGUUUUUGCAGAGAAUCCAUUUGCUAAUUUUCAUACACUUCAAAAAUUCACACCAUCCAUAAUGUAACUCCCUUCAGAAGUUUUGUUGUUUUUUUGCAAAUUUUAGUCUGGAAUUAUAUAUUUUUGUCAAGUUUUCUGUCAACAAUCACUCACAUUAUAACCUGAUUACUUCCAUUUAAUUAAAGGGCAUAUAUCAUCAAUUUCUACAACUUCUUCAGUUGUUUUCAGGUUGAAAUUUCACACAGAAACAUUGACUAGCAUGUGAGAAAGAUGUUUAAAAGGAUGAGAGACGAACAGAGCACAAUGCAGCCGAGUACACAGCUGAAUGUCGCCCGAACAGCGAUGACAUCACAUCUCAAGCACCGAAAUCGGCUGUAAAGUGAGACAUUAAAACUCGUUUUCGCUGACCAAGGACCGCUAGUAUAUUUCAUACAAGCUAACCACACAGAGCAAUUCUCUCUGUUAAAUGAACCAACUUUCCUACAGUAAUAUCCUCAGAUGUUGUUCCGAGGACGACAUCUGUCCAUCUAGACCUUCUCUGACGUUUGAUGUGGUGGAUGACAGAGAAAAACCAGAGGUGUGUUCCCAAAGCAGCUGUAGUCACACACUCCUUUAUUUGGCUCAAACGUAAAGAAAGAAAUUAAGUACAGUGUAAAACAGAAAAAAAAGCAUUUUCUUACCUGAUGAAGCUCAUAAUCAACAGCUGCAGUUGCCUAAAUGGUCUGGCUGUUGACUCCCUGGUGGACCUGUCUUUUGUAGAAGUACCAUGAAGUGCGUUUUCUCAUUUUUCAGAUUUGGGUAGCGUCGUCACCUAAAGCCGGGGCCAAAACGCAUUUGCGACAGACUGUUUUCGCAAGUAUUUACCUCCUACAUUUUUUGCAGAGAAGAUCUUCGAAGCAAAAGUGCUCACUUCAUCCUUUCUGUAAUAAGCAGCCACGCAUGCGUCUGACAAAUUCCUGUGUCAAAACGUCUUCUCGUGUCAACAAAACAAUCCAUUGUGUUCAGAGUCACUCUGUCAUCAUCCAUAUAUGGUAGUGCCUUCCUGUUUCAUUGGACGCGACUCAGAAGGCUCGUUUUGUUUCGGACAAGUGCAUUUUUAAAUUAUUUAAGAAAAGGCAGUUGUGAUUUGUUUCAUACUUUUCAGGUUUUCUGGCUCUAAAAUCUGAUGAUAUAUGCCCUUUAACCGGGGCCUUGUGGAAUCAACAGGGGUGAGCAAAGUAUGAAGUUGCUGCUACCGAUUAUCUUGGUUCUUCCAAAGCGAAGAGAAAACAUGAUGAAUUUGGUAUGAAUAUAUAACUAUAUACUGUCAAAUAUGUGAAAUAUGUAUAUCAAAGUAUAGAUAUAACAAUAUAUAAAGUAUAUAGUUUAAAAGUAUAUAAAGUACGGAUUGUGUUUGAAAGCCUUUAAGCGGGGAGUUAUGUGCCAUGGGGAGACAGAGAUUUUUCACUGGAAUGCACAUCAGUAAAAACACAACUGUAUUUUGAUUCAGUGCAUCUUUUCUUGUGCAAUAAAUGUGUUUUAGAUUUAGAUUUUAUUUAAUUUUUUUUCCCUUUUAAUACGUCAUUAACUCACUACUUUAUUAUGCCCUCCCCCUCCCGACCAACAGGUGGCAGUCAAAUCGGUGCUGGUGCGCCUUUGCUUUCAACAAAUAGCUUAGACAGUCAGAAAUGAGAGGAAAUCACACUCAGUCUCCACGCAAUAGGGCAAAGUACAAAGACGUCUACUUAUUCAGUUAAUAUAUAUAUAGUUUAUUUUUAUUUUUGCAUCUAGAGUGCCUUAUAUUUAUGCCUGUUUUUGUAAUGUUUUAUUUACCAUUCAUGUAUCCUUUGAGUAUUCUCGGCAUUUAGUGGAAAUUAAAAUGUAAAGUUUAUUUACCUUUUAGUUUUUGUGAAUGAAAUAUGUGUUGAAAAAAAAAAAAAAUA